AAAGAGAAAGAGAGAGACAGAAAGAGAGGGAAAGAGAGAGAGAGAGACUGACAGAAUCACAGUGUGUGUGGAAGAUCCACCAUCACCUCUCUGCGCUCUAAUAUGACUCCAGCAGCUUCUCUGGGUUAAAGCGCGAGGACGCCGUGCGUAAAAGACGACCACGAUGGAGCGGUGCAUGGUCCCGGGAUGGUGCGUGCUGUUGACCCUGGUCUGGCACGGGACGCACUGCAUGGCGGCCAAGGAGCUCCAGUGCCAGGAGAUAUCCGUGCCUCUGUGCAAGGGCAUCGGCUACAAUCACACCUACAUGCCCAACCAGUUCAACCACGACACGCAGGACGAAGCCGGCCUGGAGGUGCACCAGUUCUGGCCGCUGGUGGAGAUCAAGUGUUCCCCGGACCUGCGCUUCUUCCUGUGCAGCAUGUACACGCCGAUCUGCCUGGAAGACUACAAGAAGCCGCUGCCGCCGUGCAGGAGCGUGUGUGAGCGGGCCAAAGCUGGCUGCGCACCGCUCAUGAGGCAGUACGGAUUCCCGUGGCCGGACCGGAUGAGGUGCGAGCUGCUGCCCGAGCAGGGAGACCAGGACACGCUGUGCAUGGACUACAACCGGAGCGUGACCACGACUGCCUCCCCGGUGGUGGUGAAGCCGACCAACCGGCCCCUGAAGCCGUUCAACCCCAGAAAAAAGAGCGGCUAUGGUCGCGGCAUCCCCGGGAAACUCAAACCGGCAGCUCCACCGUGCGAGACGGGCUGUUUCUGCCGUGCGCCCAUGGUGCCGGUGACCAGCGACAACCACCCGCUGCACAACCGCGUCAAGACGGGACAGAUCCUGAACUGCGCCAUGCCGUGCCACAACCCCUACUUCACCCAGGAGGAGAGGACUUUCACCGCCUUCUGGAUCGGGCUGUGGUCCAUCCUGUGCUUCAUCUCCACUUUCGCCACCGUGGCGACUUUUCUCAUCGACAUGGAGAGGUUCAAGUACCCGGAGCGCCCCAUCAUAUUCCUCUCCGCCUGCUACAUGUUCGUGUCAGUCGGAUACAUCGUGAGACUGAUCGCCGGACACGAGGAAGUGGCGUGCAACCGAGAGAACGGCGCGGAACACAUCCACUAUGAAACCACGGGUCCAGCGCUCUGCACCAUCGUGUUCCUGCUCAUCUACUUCUUCGGCAUGGCCAGUUCCAUCUGGUGGGUGAUUCUCUCCCUCACCUGGUUCCUCGCCGCAGGGAUGAAGUGGGGGAACGAGGCUAUAGCCAGUUACGCACAGUACUUCCAUCUGGCCGCCUGGCUCAUCCCCAGCAUGAAGUCCAUAGCGGUUCUGGCUCUGAGUUCCGUGGACGGGGACUCUGUGGCUGGGAUCUGCUACGUGGGAAACCAGAACCUGGAUAACCUGCGGGGGUUCGUGUUGGCACCGCUGGUUAUCUACCUGUUCAUCGGCACCAUGUUCCUGCUGGCCGGCUUCGUGUCACUCUUCCGGAUCAGGAGCGUAAUCAAGCAAGGGGGGACCAAGACUGACAAGCUGGAGCGGCUGAUGAUCCGGAUCGGAGUGUUCACGGUUCUGUACACGGUCCCGGCCACUGUCAUCGUGGCGUGUUACUUUUACGAGCAGCACAACCAGCAGACGUGGGAGAUUACGCACAACUGUACGUGUAAGACGGACCCGAGCAGGCAGAAGCCGGACUACGCUGUGUUCAUGCUGAAAUACUUCAUGUGUCUCCUGGUGGGCAUCACCUCGGGGGCCUGGGUCUGGUCCGGGAAGACGCUGGACUCCUGGAGGACUUUCUGCACGCGGUGCUGCUGGGGGAGCAAAGCCUCCGCGGGCUCCAUGUACAGCGACGUGAGCACGGGACUGACCUGGAGGUCCGGGACGGCGAGCUCCGUCUCCUGCCCCAAACAAAUGCCUCUGUCUCGGGUUUGAUUGCAUCUUUUACCCCUUGUCACGGAAAAAAGAAAAAACUAUAGAACCAGCGGAUACCAGCUCUUUUUUGGAGGGGGGGGGGGGACUGAUUUUAAAAGUUUUUAUUUGUUAAAUUAUUACACGUGAGUCACCAAACAUGCCAGGUUUCAUGGGAUCCUGGUCGUGAGCACUCCUGAUGUGAACUCUGCUUCUGAAAGUUUUAAAAUCAGGUUGGGGAAGUGCUCGUCCUUUGCCUUAUCCAAAUGACGUCCUUAUGUUUGAAUAGAGGGGGGGGGGGGGGGUUGACUAAUUGUGUUGGGAUUGUCCAUCAGCGUGUUGUAAUUAGCUCAUUAAUGAAAGCCUAAUGGCUUCUCCUUAAAUAAUGGGGCUGUGAGCUGCAGAACAAUGUACCUGGCACUAAGAAUGCAGAGCCUCAUCUGAGCUUAAUUGAAUGCGCACAGCUGACAAGAUCCCUUUUGUCGAUAGGCUACAUGGUGAAGCUGAAGCUCUUCUCACUGUAAAGAAAGAACCGCUGUGUCUUAAAACACAAACUCCACAGUUUCUCUGCUCUGGAUCCAAACCGGAGCCACGUUCUGUCUCUCCACACGUACACUAAUCAAUGCCUUAAUACUGUCUCAUAUACGGGUUGCAUCAGCGCGUAAAGUGUAUUUAUAUAAUUAUUGGUGUACAUAGAUUGUACAUUUUGUAUAUGGAAAUUUAUGAGAUUGUAAAUAUGUAUAAUUCCACUUUGAUAGAAGAUUUUAUUUUGAGAAUAAAACAAGUUUUUAUGGAA